AUGAAGACCCUUGCUGCCAUCAUUCCUUUCCUCGGUGUCGCACUGGCUGCUACCCAGGCACAAACCCAUCUCUUCGCCUGCAAGGAGCGAAUGUUCACAGGCAUCUGUACAAACAUCGCUGUCAAUAGCAAUGCGUGCUACGAACUUACAACCCUUGGCGCGGAUUGGGUCCGAGCAAUUUCCUCAGCCAGUCCAGAUCAAGGUUCCACGUGCACACUGUAUAAUGAGGAAGGAUGCACCGGUACAAGGCUGAAGAUUGCUGCUUGUGGUAUCAAUGAUUUGAAGGACCUUGACUUUGACAAGACCGCUGUGUCCUUCAAGUGCAAGUAG